AUGCUACCGGUACGGCUUUUCCCCCUGUCUUUUCCUUUCACUCUCCUGUUGUUGACAAGGGCCCUUGUCGUCGAAGGAGCGAAUCCACAUCCGUGGAACACAUCGGUUAGUCUCACCGACAACCUUAUGGAGCCGGAUGGCAACGGCUUUUGCAUUGACAUUUUGGGACCUCAGUCGAAUCUGAACUGCACCAUUCCUCUACACGUCCAUUCCUGCAAACCGAGCUGGCCAACCGAUGGCUUGGACAACCAAUUCAUGUACGAUGCCACGAAUAUGCGAUUGAGAGCCGCUCAUUACGCUCCCGAUUGUACCCAAACAUCGGAUAUGGAUGCGACUGGUUGUGUUUCUGUACUGGGUGAUAUCAUGGUGGGGGCAUCGGUCGAGUUUGUCGAGUGUGUGGACGGCAUGGAUCCCCAUCAAAUGUUCAUGUACGACAACAUGACCCAGUACUUGUCAACGACAACCUCCGAAGAUACCCGAGUGUGCCUCACGGCCGGGAUGGAAAUGAACCCAGCCGGUCCACUCUACAAGCGCCGUUCCUUGUCACUGCAAGAAUGUGCCGCUGCGGAUGCCAGUGGAAACAUGACGUUGUACCAGCAGUGGACAAUAGUUAGUGACGAUAUGUACGAUGAUGAUAAAGAUCACGAUGAUGGACACGAUGACGGCCAAGAUGACCAUUCUCAUGAUAAUAGUACGGAGGGAAGCAGCAGCAGCAUGGACUCGGAUGGCAGCGAUGACAAGGCUUCUGCUGGGUUUUCUUCCGUGAUUGGCACAGUUGGUGCUCUACUAUUGGUUGUGGUGCAACUUGCUCUGAUUUCUUUGUAA